AUGACAAGGAUGAACGCAAAUGUUACGACGCAGCAGUACAUGUUCGGGCCGAAAUUGCUGGUCACGCCGGUGACCUUGCCGUAUGUGACGGAGUGGGACGUGUACCUCCCGAAGAUGGACGCGAGCAAUGGAACGAGGGAGUGGACGUAUUGGUGGACGAAUGAAACGUAUGCGGGUGGGCAGAUGGUUGCGGUGCCGACGCCGUUGGAGUGGAUUCCGGUCUUCCAUCUUGGGGGAAGGGAUGAGCUUUUGAGGGGGAAUGUGUUUUGA